CCAGAUACAGGGCACCAGGAUGGAUCAGGCAGGUCCGAGGAGCAGAAGAGAUGAGUGCUGUGUUGAAGUCAUGGACCGUCGUCUUGGCCCUGUUCCUGUGCGUUCUCCUGUAUCUCGGCACCGUGGUGGACGCCUACCCGCCCAAACCGGAGAAUCCCGGAGAGGACGCGGCACCCGAGGAGCUCGCCAAAUACUACACGGCUCUCAGACAUUACAUCAACCUCAUCACCCGGCAAAGGUAUGGAAAGAGGUCAACUCAGGAGGGAAGUCUGACAGACCUGCUGUUUGGAGACAAUGAGCACAACCAGCGAUCAAGGUAUGACGAGUCGUACAUGUGGUGAUGCUCACUGCUGCCCCCUGUUGGUCUCUUGUGCCGCCCUCUCCAACCCUCACUCUUCUUCCUCCACGUUUC